CAGCUUCAUUGAUAGCUCAUUCCGGAGAUUCGACAGGGUUCAUUGGUUUGACAGGUGCCUAGAUGUCAACAGGUAUGUCAUCUGAAGGGCGCCAUUGUCAAUGGCGUCUUAUUCUCAACACACCACUUGUGGUGAUACCUACAUCGUUGAGAUAUAGCCCAAGUCAUUGCCAUUGGCGUGAUAGUUUCCCUGUCUAGUCUCAUAUGCAAUGAAUUCAAUUCAUUGUGAUGAGAUACGUAACUUAUAAACCACCUCAGCCUUGCCUAUAUCCUGCUAGUCAUAAUCUGUCGGACGUCGACUGACGCUGCCACUAACAUCAUUAUUAGACCACGCACCACGGAAAUAUUCACGCCUACCCCAGAGAUAGCUCCUUUAAUCUGGUAUGGACUCUGCCAAUGACUCAGCACGGUCGAAAGCUUCCACCGACGAUGACGUCCAGAGCAUUAGUAGGUCUUCUCGAGGACAAUCAGAGGAUCAAGGAGAGACGAUACCGGGUUAUGAAGAUGCAGUGGGCUUGGAGACGCAUCGUAAUAUGAUGCUUGCCAGCUUGCUCGAGGACUACUACCGCAGCCGCGCUCUUGAAUUCCUCAAUGCCACAAAUCCCGGCCAGAUUUAUACAAGGCAAUCGCAAGAAGUCGAAGCUAUCGCUACUCGGCUUUUUGGCGAGGCCAGCUCUAUCCUUACAUCGAACGGGCUGCUUUCUCCAAGAGCAACAUCUAAUGCCUCUCGGGGUAUUCGUCAGCAGUACUUAUCGGGUCUCGAUGGCCUUGUUGCUGGGACACAGCCAGUUAACAUACUCGAUUCAAUGCAUGACCUUGUAGCCCAAGCCUCACUGCUUAAUAUAACAACUCCUCCUACCAAUGAUCUACAAUUGACUUUGCGAAACCCGCCAGCCCCCCCACAUCGCAGUCACUACAAAGCCUCGUUUAGAGAGGAUCGCCUCCUUGGCAGAGGCGGCUUUGGAAAGGUGUAUCAGUGCUUUAGUGUCUUAGACCAGCAAACAUAUGCUGUGAAGAAAAUUGCCCUCCCGCGGAAACUCGUGAAGAGCUUCUCAGAUGGAAGACAUGAUGAUCUUGCGGAUGUCUUACGGGAGGUAAAAGCUAUGGCUGUACUUGAUCAUCCUAAUAUUGUACGUUAUCAUGCCACAUGGGUUGAGGAACCACAGCAUUCCCCUGAGCCCUUAGGCGGUCUUGAGCGUACCAUGAGCGGAAUUCAAAACCGUCGUCAGCAGCUUUUGCUAGAUAGUCAUGCUUUCAGCCAGGAUAGUGAACAACUGUCUGUAAGCGGUGGGAUCGUAUUUGGGGAAGAUACGCGAUCCAGUCCGAGCGCACUAGCGAAUAACUGCAGCUUAUACCCUGUGAAUAGAGGGUGGUCUGAAGAUGUCAGCUCAGGGCUCGGUGUCGACUCUACAUUGGCUUCCGAGAGCAAUGUCUUCGCAGGAGAUAGUGACUCGGAAGAUUCAUCCUCUUGUCAGGCCAACCUGGAUACCAACGUACCGGCAUUGUACAUUCAAAUGUCUAUGUACCCAAUGACUCUAGCGCAAUACCUAUCCCCUUCCUCCUGUUCUAAAGCGGGCCUACGACAUUGCUUCCACCUUGCGCCAACACUUCGUCUAGCACUUUCAAUACACGAUGGGCUCCAACAUAUACAUUCCAAAGGCUUGAUACACCGGGAUAUCAAACCGGGAAACAUAUUUCUCUCCUCUGUUGUGGCGACUUUUGAGGGAGGUUGCUGUGAUAUUUCAUGUGAGUCAUGUAAGGAGCUAGCCACAGAGCCGAGGUGGUUGAAUCCCAGAAUCGGCGACUUCGGCUUGGUACAUCAACUUGCUCAGGGGGAGGUGCCGUCGCAAUCCCAAAGCCCUUCAGAUCAUAAGCAUGAUGCAGGGACUACGUAUUACCAACCUCCUCGAAAGGGUGAGAGGAAAGAUGAAAAGAUCGACAUAUUUGCGCUCGGUGUGGUCUUUGUCGAGAUGUUGUGCCGCUGUACUACCGCAAUGGAACGAGUAGAUAUGCUCAAAGGACUGCAGCGCGGCGAGAUACCCUCGGUGCUUCGACAAAACAUACAAUAUGAAGGCCACGAUGAAGAAACUGCCGAGAAAAUUGUGCAGCUAGUAUCCGGUAUGAUUGAUGAGGAUUCUGCGAAGAGAUGGUGUGGGACAAGGGUGCGUGAGGCACUUGAGGAGUUAUUACAGCGUUGUUAGUUGUGGUCAGGGAUGUCUGCAUUUUUCUGCACAAAUCGACGUGUAGAUGGCAUUAAACUGGGCAUAUAAGCGAUACCUACAAGAUACCAAUAAACAUUAUUCCUUUACUCUUGCCCCUUUCCUCUUUCUGG